AGCUACUAUAACAUUAAGAACUACCUUCAACGAGCCAGUGACAAGUUAGUCCAUACGAUAUGAUCGCUCGCGCUUUAAUCUAUGGGAUAGCAGUCACCUGUAACUCCAUUUUCACUUCGGGAGUGCUUCUUUCACCAAGCAGUGAUAGUAAAGUUUUUAAGGAGCCUAGAAAUGAAUACGGAUAUCUUCUAAAAAGAGUUUUUGAAAAUAAUUCAGAAGAUCAGGAUUCCAAGGAAAGACGAAGCGGUAUGGGUUCUUCAUUCAUAAGAUUUGGCCGCAGCAACUCAAUUGAGAAAUUCGACAACAUGGAACAGCCAAUGGAUUUUCCAAGAGCAGAUUCAAAAACUGAGAGACAGACUCGAACCAGGCCGGAUAUUAUCAUUAGAUUUGGUCGCUCUGGUCACAAAACGGUUCAGUCUUAUGAUCGACCUGAAAGGGGUGACUUGAAAUUCAUCAGAUUUGGACGACACGUUUUACCAUCUAAUCUAGACCUGGCCUGGAUCUGCUCAGACAUUUCAAUGGACAGCGAGGCCUAUGGAAAAGGUAUUCGAUUCCCUGCAACGCGGCUUGCUCGACUUUGCAACGACCUGGACCUACCUAGCGAUCGAUUUGAAUACAUAAGUGAUGACCAGGCAGAUUCUAAGCGGGAAUAAGUCGGAAUUUGUGGUCUUGACGAGUUUGUGUAGUUUCAUCAAUAAUCGCUUUGUUUUACAAUUAUAAAACGUCGACUGGUUAAAAAAUGUAAUACCUAGUGAUUUUUGGGAGAUAAAAAAACACAAACUGAAAUCUUUCUGAAAGUGAUCCUGUGUCAAUCACGCAAGAACGUUUGAAAAUGAAAGUAAUGACAAGACUCGACAAAAAAGCUAUUCGUUUUCAGUGCAUUCAUAAAUUGUCCCUAUAUCACUGAGAAAAAUAAAACUUGAAGAAACCAGUUUACAGAAAUUUUUUUAAAAAAUAUUCCAUAUAUGUCAUUGGUAAACAAAUAAUAUUCUCAAUGUAUAAUUGUAUAGUAUUGUUUAUACUGUUUAUACUGUCCAUAUUAUUUACUGUAGAAAGAAAUGCAUUGGAAAUGAUCUAGCGAUAAUCCAUCGCCCUGAAUUCGAUUCGUCAAUCUGUGCACUUCAAAUGUGAGAUGUGACUAUGUAAGACUUAGAAAUUAUUGUACAUUAUUAUAUCUUGAAAAUAUUGUUCAUAAGUAAACAUGUAAAUUUAAU